AAUUAAAAAAAAACAUUUUUUGAGUCAGUUUUUUUUUUUUAGAAAAAAUAGGACUGUGAUAUUAUCGAUAUGAGUGCAAUGCGUUAUAUUGUUACGUUGUGCAGCGUAUUGAUUAUCGUCGGAGAUGCGCAGUUGUUAAGAAAAGAAGCUUACGAAACUGUGCCUCAACUGAUCAGCUCAGCGGGCUACCCUGUGGAGCGACAUCGCACGACCACAGCCGACGGGUACGUCCUACAGCUCCAUCGCAUCCCAGCGGGCAGGCGCAGCGCUCGGCGUAGUGGAGGCAAGGGCAAGCGCGCUGUGCUUAUAAUGCAUGGCCUUCUCGGACACAGUGGGGACUUCGUCAUCAUGGGCCCCGAGAGGAGCAUCGGUUAUAUCCUAGCAGACGCGGGCUAUGACGUGUGGCUGGGAAACCUGAGAGGCACCACAUAUAGUACACAUCUUAACCUUACCAGGGAUGACCCAAAAUUUUGGGAGUUCAGUUUCCAUGAGCACGGCAAGUACGACAUACCGGCACAGAUAGACAAGGUGCUGGCGGUCACCGGUCUACCCAAGCUGCUGUACGUCGGGUACUCCAUGGGCACAACCAGCUUCUUUACCAUGAUGUCCCAGCGGCCGGAGUACAACGACAAAGUUAUUGCUUUCGUCGCACUCGCUCCCGCCGUUUUCUUGGAUAACAUGCGUCCGCUUGCUGAACUACUGCUCAAGACUUGGAACCUCCCGCAAUCAAUGCGGAAUCAGGGCAUGGUAUCGAUGACAUUCCGCCAAGAGCUCCGCGAGUUAGUGUUAAGCAGCGUGUGCCGCGUGCGAUCACCCGAGGACGACAUGUGCAUGCGUCUCGUUUACGCGAUCGUCGGCGAGGACUACGAGCAGAACGACUGGGACAUGAUGUCUGUGAUACUGGCGAGAUUCCAGCCGGCAUCAUGGAGACAGCUUGAACAUUUCGGCAAAAUUGCCAUAACUGGUGUUUUCACAUCAUGGGAAGACGGCUUAAAGGGCGAAGUGAAGCCGUACAACCUCUCCAACGUGAAGGUUCCUGUUUCACUCCUGUACGGAGAGAAUGAUCAGCUGACUGAGAAAUCUCAAAUUAUGAAGCUAGCCAAAGAGUUAAACAACAGUGGUGUGCUCGAAGAGGUCCGGCCGGGUUGUGAUUGGCCCAAGUUCAACCAUUUGGAUUUUGUAUUCGCCAAGGACCUGGGCAAACUGUUAAACCGACCGUUAGUCAAGCACAUAGACUAUAUGUACAAUAAAUAUGGAUUUUCAUAA